AUGCAGAUCUUCGUGAAGACGGUCACCGGGGAGACUCUCACGCUUGAGGUCGAGAGCAGCAACACGGUGGACAGCGUCAAGGCCCAGAUCCAGCGGAAGGCAGGAAUCGACGGCGAUCAGCCACCGUCUGUCCUCUUCGCCGGGAAGCAGCUAGAGGAGGAGGAGGAUGGCCGGCGAACCCUGGCCGACUACGGCAUCGGCAAGGGGUCGACCCUGCACCUCGCACUCGGGCUCCGCGGCGGCUACCAGCGGACCGGCUACGCAUGCGUCGAUCCCGGCCUCCGAACGCUUGCGCUCAGCUACAAUGAAAACAAGAUGAUCUGCCGCAAGUGCUAUGCACGCCUCUCGCCGAGGUCUACCAACUGCCGCAAGAAGAAGUGUGGCCGCAGCAGCGACCUGAGGCAGAAGAAACCGCUUGGACGACAUUAUUGGUGA